AACUUUUUGGUUUUUUUUCCAAGAAGAAGACGUAAAGCAAUUUUGAGAGCUGUACCAGCAAUUUUGAGAGCUUGCAAAAACAGCUUGUAAGGACAAUGAAGCUUCCGAUUUUCAUAGCAGAUGCAUUCACAGCAAGAGCAUUUCGUGGGAAUCCUGCUGCUGUGUGCCUCCUAGAAAAUGAAUUGGAUGAAGACAUGCAUCAGAAAAUUGCAAGGGAAAUGAACCUCUCUGAAACUGCUUUUAUCCGAAAACUGCACCCGACAGACAACUUUACACAAAGUUCCUGCUUUGGACUAAGGUGGUUUACACCAGCAAGUGAGGUCCCGCUCUGUGGCCACGCCACCCUGGCUUCUGCAGCUGUGCUGUUUUACAAAAUAAAAAACAUGAAUAGCACGCUCUCAUUUGUCACUCUGAGUGGGGAACUAAAGGCCAGACGAGCAGAGGAUGGCAUCAUUCUGGACUUGCCUCUUUAUCCAGCCCAUCCCCAGAACUUCCAUGAAGUAGAGGACUUGAUAAAGACUGCCAUAGGCAACACACUGGUCCAGGACGUCUGUUAUUCUCCAGAUACCCGAAAGCUCCUUGUCCGCCUAAGUGACACUUACAACAGGUCAUUUCUGGAGAACCUGAAAGUGAACACGGAGAAUCUGACGCAAGUUGAAAACACAGGGAAGGUGAAAGGACUUAUUCUUACCCUCAAAGGAGAGCCUGGUGGGCAGACCCAGGCAUUUGACUUUUACUCCAGAUAUUUUGCACCGUGGGUUGGUGUGGCUGAAGACCCAGUGACAGGGUCUGCACAUGCUGUUCUCAGCAGCUACUGGUCCCAGCAGCUGGGGAAGAAAGAAAUGCAUGCAUUUCAGUGUUCCCACCGAGGAGGAGAGCUGGGGAUUUCACUUCGUCCAGAUGGAAGGGUUGACAUUAGAGGAGGUGCAGCUGUUGUUUUAGAGGGCACACUGACAGCCUAGAGGUGGUUGUGCUAUGAUGCCACGGUCUCUAACCACCAAGUAUUUUCUGCAUAAAAAGAAAUGUAAGCGUCUGCCUUUAGAAAAUGUGCAUCAUUGCCCACUUAAUCCUCAUGUUAAAAA